CGCAUGCAUUGUAUUACGACUCCUCUCUCUCACAUACACACACUCGCUCUGGCAGGGUCAGCACGAAAGGUCAAAGACAAAGGCUGAAUGAAGUGAAGAGAAGUGAUAAGAAUGGAGGGAUCUUCGUAUCGGCAUCAAAGGUUAAAGAGUGGUGUUUCUCAGGAACCAUGGAUUAGAUGAUUUCAUGCUUGGGUGAAUCAUGUAGUAGAACUUGGUUCAGCUUCUGACUUGCUUCGUGCAUUAUUCCACCAUUGGUCUAGAGAUGGCCACAAAGAGGAUUAUAGCUAUAUGUAUGUCUGGAGGUGAGUUCGCGACAGACAAUGAUGGUGGGCUGUUGUCAUACAAAGGUGGGGAUGCCUAUGCGAUGGACCUUGAUCAGGAUACAAAGUUAAAGGAUCUGAAGGAGGAACUAGCUGAAACAUUCAAUUGUAGUGUCAAUAGAAUGUUAAUCAAGUACUUUCUUCCUGGAAAGUCAAAUAAAAGGACUCUUAUUACGAUAUCAAAGGAUAAGGACCUCAAGCGCUUGGUGAACAUUUUUGAGGAUAAAGACCAAGUGGAGUUCUUUGUCAUGGAAGAGGAAGCUGUUCAGGUGCAAAAGGUGUUGAAAGCACCUGCCAGUAGAGACAUCCCAGUGCUUGUGGUUGUUUAUACUUUUCAUUUGCCUAAAAUGAAGCUCAUGGAAUUUACACAGCAUAAUGCCCCUUGUUCAUUGUUGUGCUCCACGACAUAA